CUACUCGGUUUUGUUCCUUCCAAGUACGAAAAUUUUGUUGCCUUUUGGUUUUAAUCACUGGUUGGGCAGUGCUAUAUAUGGUUGAGUGGAGUAGGAACUUGCCUUGGUUUUCCAACAACUGUGCCCAAACGAUCCUGCAAUUACAUACUGCUAUCAAAUGUGUUGUUGACAACAGGGAGUGCGAUAAUGCUGCAGGAUUAUGAAGUUCAUGUAUAUCUGUUAUGGUUGGAUUUGAGUCAACAAAAGAAGUGUUUUCUUUAACCUUCUAGAGCCACAAAGGAAAUAACCAUUCUUGUGUUGCAAGUAGCAGCAAGCUAAACUUAAUGACUUCUCAGGCCACGUGUGAAAAUGGAGCCCGUAAACAAACCAGCUAAUUGACUUGUGGAUCUUGUUGGUCGUCUAGACAAGAACCCCGGAAGAAAAUGGCAGAACCCCAUAAUAAGUAGAGGACAUUCAGAGACCUGAAUUAUUUCGACAGCGGAGGCAGUCCAAGAAACCCUUCUAAUUUGUGAAUUAGAGAACAAUGGCUCAACUCGAACGUCCGCAAAGACAUGGUGAUGCUGAAACUACAAUGACCUCUGAUCACAAAAAACUUGCUGUCAACCCUACUAUGGAACACUAUCUUCGAGGAACUGAAUUUUCAAGGUCGUCACCAACAUCCUUAUCAUCUCCAGUUGGAAGCCAUGAUGCAGAAGAAGAUCAUAACCACCAUCCCAAGAAAUCAGUCCUCACCAAGGUGAAAGAGAAAGCUAAGAAACUGAAGCACUCACUCAGCUACAAGAAGAAACAUCAUGACAAUGAUAGCCAUGAGACCGAUAACAUCACCCCUUCAUGGAGUGCAAACUUGAAUGAUAAUGAAGAGGAAGAAGAAGAUGCUGAAUACCUAGGAGCCCCAAUGUACAAAUCAGAGAUGGCACCUGAAGGAUACAGGGAGACCGCAAAGUUAGCAACUCCUGUGGUUUCUGAGAAGCGUGUUUUGUCGAGCAGUGUCAGUCAGAGCUCUGGACAAAAUAAGGAGCUGAAUUCUCCUAGUUCUAACCAGAUAGUAGCCGAAAGUGUGAUCACGAAGCUUCCCAAUGAGAUAUUUACUGGAAUUGUUCUCACGAGAACUCUUAGUACUAACGAGACAGCAACAGGCACCACAGCCACAAAGCCUCAUAGUCCUAAGAAGACAGCGAGUGAAACUUCUCCUAACAAGUCUCACAGUACUUCGCCUAACAAGCCUCACAGUCCCAGCAAGACAGUAACCGAAACUGGCGCCACAAAGACUCCUAGUCCUAAGAAGACAAUAACUGAGACUGUGACCGAGAAGUUGGGAGCAGGCUAUGCCACCGUAUCGGAGAAGUUGGGAACAGGCUAUGCCACCGUAUCAGAGAAGUUGGGAACAGGCUACAACACAGCAUCAGAAAAGUUGGGAACAGGCUACAAUGCAGCAUCAGAGAAGUUAGGACCAGCUUAUGCCACAGUUACAGAUGCAACACAUGCAAUUGCCUCCAAGAUAGAAAGUCUCACUGUUUCACCACCAGUUACCACAACGAGAGAAAAUUUCAUUUCUUCACACCCAGAUCUCACAAAAAUACAUGGUCUCACUGUUACAGCCCCACCACCUUCACAGAGCAUUACAGCUCAGGAAGCUCCACAACCCUUGUCAGCAUCAGCAGUCGAGCAUAAGUCUUCGACUCGUGGAGCUCUAGAGGAUCCACAACCUUCGUCAGCCCCAGCAGCUCCUGGAAAGACUACUGCCGAACAAAGAUGGGAUAAGGGUGUAUCUGUAAAGGAGUAUUUGAUUCAAAAGUUUGAGCCCGGGGAAGAUGAGAGAGCACUUUCACAAGUGAUAUCUGAUGCAAUGAGUCCGAGGAAAAGUCCUGGUGAAGCGGGUGUGGUGGAGAAGGUGAAAGGGGCUAUAACUUCAUUGCUUCGGAAUGACGAAUCCCCCAGAACUACUACUUCACAGUCAGCCUUGUCCCCAUCGCAGUCAGCCUUGUCCUCAUCACCACGCAUUCCAAUCUCUACCAAUGCUUAUGAAGUCGUUGAGGAAGAAAAUCAGGGAAGAAUACUUCAGGCUAAUUGAAAGGUGAAAUGCAACUGUUGAUAAUUAAUCCUCUAGAGUUUAAUUUGUACAAGUUUCUAUACAUGAAUAAGUAGUUAACAAACAUCAUUUAGAAUGUUUGUGUAAGCUUUGUAUUGUGGACAAUAAACCAUUUUUCCGGCUCUGGAAGUUUAAAGAUGUACAUCAAAUAUUUGAACUGAA